AAUUUGGGAGGAGUAGGGAUCGGCGACCCUUGAGAGAAAGACUCGCCAUUAGAGAAGAAAGGAACCAUUUAUCUCUCUUCCUCUUAGUACUUCUCCUUUCAUAAUACUAUCCAAGGAACCCAGUCCUACUUAGUCCUACGUCUAGUUCUUAUCCGAGUUUAGAAAUGGCACAGAAUCUGCCGAUUAAAUUUCAGGAGCAUCUCCAGCUCCAAAAUGUAGGCAUCAAUGUCUCCCAGAUUGGUUUCUCCAGCCUCACUAUGGAGUCCGACAAGUACAUAUGUGUGAGGGAAAAGGUUGGAGACACUUCUCAAGUUGUCAUCAUUGAUCUUGGAGAUCCUGCUAAUCCUAUUAGACGUCCCAUAACUGCUGAGUCAGCGAUUAUGAAUCCUGCUUCCAAAGUCAUCGCACUCAGAGCUUCUGGCAAGAAUCUUCAGAUAUUUAACAUCGAAAUGAAGAGUAGGAUGAAGUCACACACAAUGACAGAAGACGUGACGUUCUGGAAAUGGAUCAGCCUUAAUACCCUUGUCCUAGUCACAGAGACAUCAGUCUUCCAUUGGUCCAUGGAAGGUGAUUCACAGCCACAGAAGAUGUUUGAUCGUCACUCUAGUUUAGCCGGUUGUCAGAUCAUAAAUUACAGGAUAGACAAGAACUUCACUUGGCUUUUGCUGAUUGGCAUUUCUGCAGAGGCCCAUCGAGUCAAAGGGAACAUGCAGCUGUAUUCUGUUGAACGAAAAGUCAGUCAACCCAUUGAAGGACAUGCAGCUGGCUUUGCACAGUUGAAGUUGGCCGGGAACCCAGAGGAGUCUACCCUUUUUUCUUUUGCUGUCCGUGGGGCAGCUGGAGCUAAGUUACACGUUAUUGAAGUUGGUACUCCUGCUACUGGAAACCAACCAUUCCAAAAGAAAGCCGUAGAUGUUUUCUUUCCUCCAGAGGCACAAGCUGAUUUCCCCGUUGCCAUGCAGAUAAGUGAGAAGUUUGGUGUAGCCUAUCUCAUCACUAAGUUUGGUUACAUUCAUCUCUAUGACAUUGAGUCUGGCACAUGUAUUUACAUGAAUCGUAUCAGCGGAGAGACGAUAUUUGUCACAGCUGUACACGAACCAUCCAGCGGAAUCAUUGGCGUCAACAGGAAGGGACAGGUUCUGUCAGUGAGUGUUGAUGAGGUCAAUAUUGUCCCCUACAUAUCAAACCAGCUGUCCAAUCCUGAUCUUGCCCUCCGUUUUGCCACCAGGAACAAUCUAGCCGGAGCCGAGGAGCUUUUCGUCCGAAAGUUCAACAUGUUGUUUGCCCAACAGAAUUACUCUGAGGCUGCAAAAGUUGCUGCUACCAGCCCCAAGGGAAUCCUCCGUACUGCUGAAACCAUCCAGAGGUUCCAGACGGUCCCAGCUCCCCCAGGACAGCAGUCUCCUCUCUUGCAGUAUUUUGGUAUUCUCCUAGAGAACAGUCAACUCAAUAAAUAUGAGGCCCUUGAACUCUGCAGGCCAGUCCUCGUUCAGGGAAAGAAACAGCUGGUUGAAAAAUGGCUCAAAGAAGAAAAGUUAGAGUGUUCAGAGGAGCUGGGAGAACUGGUCAAACAGGUUGAUCCAACCCUUGCUCUCUCAGUCUUCCUCCGUGCAGGAGUACCAGCAAAAGUUAUACAAUGCUUUGCCGAGACUGGUCAGUUCAACAAGAUCAUUCUCUACGCCAAGAAAGUCAACUACACUCCAGACUAUGGCUUCCUCCUCCGUCACAUCAUGAGAAUGAGCCCAGAGAAAGGAGUCGAGUUUGCUAAGAUGCUCGUACCAGAAGAGGGAGAGCCACUCGUUGAUAUCAAUUCCGCCGUAGACGUCUUCAUGGAGCUGAACAUGGUCCAGCAGUGCACCUCGUUCUUGUUGGAUGCUUUAAAGAACAAUCGUCCAAACGAAGGACCCCUCCAGACCCGCCUCUUGGAAAUGAAUCUACUCACGGCCCCACAAGUUGCCGAUGCUAUUAUGGGGAAUCAGAUGUUCACUCAUUACGAUCGGCCCCACAUUGCUCAGCUCUGUGAGAAGGCCGGUCUCCUUCAGAGGGCUCUGGAGCACUACACUGAUACUUACGAUAUCAAGAGAGCUGUUGUCCACACUCACAUGCUUAACCCGGAGUGGCUCGUUAAUUACUUUGGGUCGCUCAGUGUUGAGGAUUCCCUGGAUUGUCUUCGUGCUAUGCUCCAAGCUAACAUCAGGCAGAAUCUACAAGUUGUUGUUAAAAUUGCCUCCAAGUACUACGAGCAGCUCUCAACCAAUUCUCUCAUUGAGCUCUUUGAGUCUUUCAAGAGUUUUGAAGGAUUGUUUUAUUUCUUGGGAUCAAUUGUCAACUUUAAUCAGGACCCUGACGUCCAUUUGAAAUAUAUUCAAGCUGCAUGCAAGACUGGACAGAUGAAGGAGGUUGAGCGAAUCUGCCGUGAAAGCAAUUGCUAUGAACCUGAACGUGUUAAGAACUUUUUGAAGGAGGCCAAGCUGACCGAUCAGCUCCCUCUCAUUAUUGUCUGUGACAGGUUUGAUUUUGUCCACGAUCUCGUCCUCUACCUCUAUCGCAACAAUCUUCAGAAAUACAUUGAAAUCUAUGUUCAGAAGGUGAAUCCGUCUCGUUUACCUAUUGUUGUUGGUGGUCUCCUUGAUGUUGAUUGCACCGAUGACGUCAUUAAGAACCUCGUCCUAACAGUCCGUGGCUCCUAUUCCACUGAUGAACUGGUGGAGGAAGUGGAGAAGAGGAAUCGUCUUAAACUCCUCCUUCCUCUCCUUGAGUCUCGGGUCCACGAGGGAGUGGAGGAACCAGCCACUCACAACGCUCUUGCUAAGAUUUAUAUUGACAGCAAUAACAACCCUGAGAGGUUCCUCAAAGAGAAUCAUUUCUAUGAUAGUCAUGUUGUUGGUAAAUAUUGCGAGAAGAGGGACCCUCAUUUAGCUUGUGUUGCUUACGAAAGGGGACAGUGUGACCAGGAGCUGAUACAGGUUUGCAAUGAAAACUCUCUCUUCAAGACCGAGGCUCGUUACCUCGUCCACCGCAAGGACCCCGAGCUAUGGGCCACGGUCCUUGACGAGGGCAACCAGUACCGCCGCCCACUCAUAGACCAAGUGGUCCAGACUGCUCUGAACGAGACCCAAGACCCAGAGGACGUCUCUGUCACCGUCAAGGCUUUCAUGAGCGCCGACUUGCCCAACGAAUUGAUCGAGCUCCUCGAGAAGAUUGUCCUUGAGAACUCUGUCUUCUCUGAGCACCGAAACCUUCAGAACCUUUUGAUACUCACAGCCAUAAAGGCUGACCAGACCCGCGUGAUGGAGUACAUCACUCGUUUGGAUAAUUACGAUGCUCCUGAUAUUGCCAGCAUUGCCAUUAGCAGUGAGCUCUUUGAAGAGGCCUUCGCUAUUUAUAAGAAAUUUGAUGUCAAUACGUCUGCCAUUGAGGUUCUCAUCAACCACAUCAGUAAUCUUGAUCGAGCUUACGAGUUUGCCGAAAGGUGUAACCAGCCCGGGGUAUGGAGCCUUCUUGCUGCUGCCCAACUCUCUGCCAUGAUGAUAAAGGAAGCCAUUGAUUCUUACAUAAAAGCUGACGAUCCUUCUUGCUACACUGAAGUCAUCAACGCAGCUAAUCAAGGAGGUAAUUUUGAGGAUCUUGUCCGUUACCUGCAAAUGGCUCGUAAGAAGACCCGAGAGACUUUCAUUGAGACGGAGCUGGUCUUUGCCUUUGCUAUGACGAACCGUUUGGCCGAUCUGGAGGAAUUCAUCUCUGGACCUAACCACGCCCAAAUAUCUCAAGUUGGUGAGCGUUGUUUCAACGAGGGCAUGUAUGAAGCUGCUAAGAUUCUCUUUAACAAUAUUUCCAAUUUCGCUCGUUUGGCCUCUACUCUUGUUCACUUGGGCGAGUUCCAGAAUGCCGUGGACUCCGCCCGUAAAGCAAACUCAACUAGGACCUGGAAAGAAGUCUGUUUUGCUUGUGUUGAUUCCAGCGAAUUCCGUCUUGCUCAAGUCUGUGGUCUCCAUAUUGUUGUUCACGCCGAUGAACUGGGCGACCUUAUCAACUACUACCAAAACCGUGGACACUUCAACGAGCUCAUCACCCUCCUGGAGGCUGCCCUGGGCCUGGAGAGAGCUCACAUGGGCAUGUUCACUGAGCUGGCCAUCCUUUACUCAAAGUACAAGCCUGGGAAGAUGAGGGAGCAUUUGGAGCUGUUCUGGUCUCGUGUUAAUAUACCAAAGGUCCUAAGGGCAGCAGAGCAGGCCCACCUCUGGUCUGAGCUAGUCUUCCUCUAUGAUAAAUAUGAGGAGUAUGAUAACGCCAUACUAGCAAUGAUGGCUCACCCAACCGUUGCUUGGAAGGAAAGCCUCUUCAAGGACAUUGUCACCAAAGUCGCCAACGUUGAGCUUUACUACAAAGCACUCCAGUUCUACCUAGACCACAAGCCACUCCUACUCAACGACCUUCUAAUAGUCCUCACUCCACGCUUGGACCAUACUCGUGCUGUCACUUUCUUCCGAAAGACGAAUAACAUGCACCUUGUGAAGCCGUACCUUCGCUCCGUCCAACAGAACAAUAACAAGGCUAUCAACGAGGCUCUGAACCAGGUCCUUAUAGAAGAGGAGGACUUUGAGGACUUGAGGAAGUCGAUAGAUUCUUUUGAUAACUUUGAUACAAUUGCUCUCGCUCAGCAACUCGAGAGACACGAUCUCAUAGAGUUCCGUCGUAUCUCUGCCUACCUUUACAAGAGUAACAAUCGUUGGAGCCAGUCUGUUGAGCUUUGUAAGAGGGACCAUUUGUACAAGGAUGCAAUGCAGUUUGCUUGUGAGUCCCGUGAUCCUGAAGUCAGUGAGAAUAUCCUUGCCUGGUUCCUUGAAAUCGGAAAGCCCGAGUGUUUUGCUGCCUGCCUCUACACUUGCUACGACCUCUUGAAACCUGACAUCAUACUAGAGCUGGCUUGGAGGCACAAUAUACUGGACUUUGCUAUGCCUUAUCUCUGUCAAGUACUUAGGGAAUAUAUCACCAAAAUUGACAAGCUUCAGUUAAGUGAUGAAGUUAGAACAGCCGAAGCUGAAGAACAGCAACAGCAACCCCCACCAAUGAUGAUGGAGGCUCCAUUGAUGAUCACUGCUGGUGUUGGAAUGGGAGGAGGUAUGCCUCCACCUGGUAUGGGUAGUAUGGGUCCAGCUGGUAUGAUGCCGCCUACUGGACAGCCUCCAAUAGGGAUGCCCUUCCAGCCCCCACAGCAGCCUGGGGGCUACUUCGGGCAGUUUUAAAGACUGUUGAGAAUUAACAAGGAAAACAUAUAAACACAUUAUACAAAAAAGCUGCUGCCAUUUUUGACUCUAACCUCAUUUAGUAUUAUUAUUAUUAUUAUUAUUUGUUCUAAUUUGUAAUUUUGGCUUCUUUCUAUUAUUAUUAUUAUUAUUAUUAUUAUUAUUAUUAUAUUAUUAUUAUUAGUGGACAGUUAGGCUGACAAAAAACUGUUCUCUCUCCCUCUCUUCCUUUCUCUCUUUAUCAUCUCUCACUUUAUUCUCGGUCCUUUCGAGAAUGAAACUUUUAGGAAUUUAAAAUUGCUACAUAAGAAAACUGCUCUAUUAUUAUUGUAA